AUGGCACCACCUACCCCAGUGUAUAAAAGAGCAGACAUACGAAGUCAGUAUAAAGAGCAGUUGAAUAACCCCGAGAAAUACCAAUGCCAACUACGAAGCUUGGUACAACAUGAAUGCACAUUCAAAGUAUCUUCGAAUCACAACCCACCAGAGAUUAUAUGCUUACCAUUUAAAAGAGUUUUCCAAAGGUGUUUAGUGCCGAGUGUACAAAAAAAGGAUGGGAAGAAGACCAAGGGGUCCAAAUGGAUCAACAUCGAAAUCACUGAUGCCUCAACCAAUUCUCAAAUCAAGAAAGACGACCAGCGAUACGGGAAGGAAGUGCAAGACUUUAUGAAUGCCGAAAAAGAGUUUAGAGAAUUCAUGGAGAAAGAAUGGCAUGCUACAGCAGAAGCCAGGUGA